UAUACAGCGUGACAUAACCUAACAUCUUCGAUGCGUCAAGUGCAGCUGAAACAGGCGGCAUACUUUUUCGUUCUGUCGGCAUCUUACGUUCUUUUAAUACACAUUAAUUUUGUUUUCUUUUUCCGUUCUUUUCGAAGUUCCUUCGUGUGUCAAAUGCACGCACGAAGAGUGUGAAAAAAAAAAAAAAAAAAAAAAACAAAUACCGUAGAACGCGAACUCGCUGUAAUGGCAAGUGUAAUUUGACGUUUAUCGCGCGCGUCAAAAACCUCAAUGGAAAGCUGGACGAAUUUCGCCGUGAAAUCUCUCACCGACAACAUUGUCUUUCACUUUACCGGCAACGUGCACAAAAAUUCGUUCGUAAUCAAAACGAACAGCGAGAAUCUGUCAGUAAACGGAGAGCUGCAUUUUCUAUGGAGCUUCAAAGCGUGGAAGAAUCUCGUCGAUUGCACCGAGAAUUGCGCAAGCAUUUUGCAACACUUCGCUCACACGCACGACGCGAUGAAAAGCAACGUAAACACAGCCGAAGAGGUUUUGAAACUGCUGACACGGGAAAGCGACAGUUGGCCAGUAAAAAUACAUAAAUGUUCAUUACAAAAGGAAAGAGUCUGUUUGUUCUUAAAUCGUGGAGAUAUUCUAGCAAACAGUAUAAGAAUGGCAAUCGAGCAUGGAAUGAUGUUCGGAAGAUCUUCAUCAAAUGGUAAAACAUUUAGUUUGAAGUAUCAGCCUGAUGCGCAAUCUGAUCUUACUACUCGGCGACUUAGCAUAAUGAGAGACGUUGCUGCGAAGGUGUUGAAUUUGCACGGGUACGUGCUGUCACCGCUCGAAGAGAAAAACUGUGCUGGCAAGUACGUAUUUACCAGUAAAUCAGAGGGACAUGUCGACGAAGAGUACAGAAAAUAUGUCUGUGGUGUUGUGAAAAAUUCUCAAUCGAAUUUGAAAGAGACGGAUCUUACGUGGGAGCAAUAUGUAAAAUGCAAAGUGAAUCAGUUGGCGGAAUUGAACGAGUACAAAAUCAUUGAGAGCGAGAGAAGUGACGAACAGAAGAAUCUCUUUUUGCACACCUUGGCAAGUGCCAUUGUCAUUUUUGAAUUGAUGGCCGUGAAACCAAGUCGUGCGGUUGUUAUUGGGAAUAAUAAUAAUUUAACAAGUGAUAAAAACGUUACCAAUACCAAAGGUGCGUCGUUUGUAUUAUACAAUACUGCCAGAAUAGCAGCAAUUAUCGCAAAAUAUAACGAGAGAGUGUCAUGCGAAGAUUAUCCCAGUUUGCCAAAUAUUCAAAAUGUUGAUUUUUCACAAUUAAAUGAAGAAGAAGAAUGGGAACUCGUGUAUAAUUUUAUUUUUGGAUAUCCGCAGAUGAUAGACGCCUGCGUGAAAUGCGAACCGAAUUUUCACGUACAACCACAGUUAUUGUGUUUGUUUCUGUUGCGGUUAUGUCAGAAAUUUAGCGUUUACUAUCGAAAAAUCAAAAUUCUAAUGGAGGGGGAUCAUUUGAUUCCCAAGAUGGUUGCAAGAAUAUACAUGCUGCACGCGUUGCAAGUUGUUUUUGAAAAUGCGUUGGACAUUUUGAGCAUUAAACCGGUAUCGCGGAUGUGAAAUGCGCGCGACUUGUAUUCCAAAAAUCAGAGAUAAGCGCGAUAAAGUGUAAA